CAAGCAAAGUCAUUUCAUUUAGUUGGUGUAGUUGGUUAACGGGUAUUCUCGUUGUCAGUCGAUUUCUGUUCACUUACUAACAAGCACGCGUUUUACCAGUCUAAAAUCGCGUCUAGUAUGUGCCACCAAUUUAUCAAUAAAUAUUUAUAACAUCAAGUGUAUCAAAACAACAAUUAUAUUCAAAAUAUAAAUGUAAACUUUUUUUUUUUUUUUUUUGUUUUAAAAAUAUAAUUAUAUUAUAUUUUAUUAAAUUUUAAAUGAUUAAAUAUUAUUUAAACAUAAAUGCACUUGAAUACAUGUAUAUUUAUAUAUAAAUCAUAAAAAAAAAUUGACCGCGUUUUAAUAUAUUUUAAAUCGACCUUCGUGCAAGAGUGAAAGCCAGAAGUAAUAAGAGCGAAUGGGAUACUUUUGGGUGCAAUUUCGAAUAAGAGAUAUUUAAAUAAUAAUCCGAAAAAAAUUAAAUAAAUUUAUGAAAAAUGCUUGCCAAAGUAUUUGAAGUAUAUGGUGGUUUGUGUGCUGGUCAUCCAUUGGAAGUCAUUGUUGCAUUAUUUACACUGACAGCAUGUAUGAUUAAUUUAGAAAAUGGAAAUUCUAGUAAUCGUGAAGGAAGACUUUCAGGCACUUCAUCUCAUUGUUGGAAUGGAAAAUGUAGUCCCGACGAACAACAAAAUGCUGUGGUUAUUAUUGUAAUGACAAUAUUUCGAUGUGUAGCAAUCCUCACUAGUUAUCAACAAUUUAGAAAUUUAAAAAAACUUGGCUCCAAGUAUAUUCUUGGUAUUGCUGGACUUUUUACAGUAUGUGCAAGUGUUGUAUUUACAACAAGUGUUGUUAAUUUGAGUCAAAGUGAUAUGGCUGAUUUUACAAAUACACUAUUUUUCUUUUUAUUAUUAAUUGAUUUAAAUAAAGCUGGUGCAUUAGCACAAUUAGCUGUAAGAUCAACAAGUCAAGAAGAAGUUAGAGCAAAUAUUGCUCGUGGUAUGUCACUUUUGGCUCCAUCAAUAACCCUGAAUACACUUGUUGAGACAUUAUUAAUUAGCAUUGGAUCAUUAUCAGGUGUAAAAAGACUUGAAAUGCUUUGUAGUUUUGCAUGUCUUGGUGUUGUUGUUAACUACUUUGUAUUUAUAACAUUUUAUCCAGCUUGUUUAUCACUUAUACUUGAGUUUUCACGAGGAAGUAAUGGAAUGAAAAAUAUCAGUGCUGAUAGAAUACUCAUGUUACCCUCGUUAAACGAAGAAGAUCAGAAGCCAAAUCCUGUUGUUGAACGUGUCAAAAUGAUUAUGAUUGCUGGCCUAUUUGUUGUACAUGCUCACAGUCGAUGGCCAUUUAAGCAUGGUAGUGGUGAUGAUCCAGUAGAAGGUACACCUUCACCAAUGAAUUCUCAUAUUAUUAUAAAUAAUCAUAAUAAAUCAAAAAUACCAGAAGAUUUUCAUGAACAUUUGAUGAAUUGGUUAUCAGUUAGUGCUGACAAUAUUGUUAUAUUAAUAUUGUUAAUAGCACUUGCAUUAAAAUUUAUAUUUAUUGAAGACGAAACUGAAAUUGUACAACAAUUAAAUUUUGAAGAACAAGAAGAAUCAGCUGAUACACAAUUAUCUGAUGAUAAUCCAAAUGAUAUUAUGAAUUCAUUAGAUGUAUCAAUACGUCAAAGAUAUGGUUCAAAUUUUCCAAAUAUUCAUACACCUGUAUUUCCAUUAUCUGGUAUGGGUGAUAAUUAUGUUGAAAUUGGAAGUGAAUCACAUGUUGAAGUUCAAGAUCAAGAAGUACAAACUGAUGCUAAAAGUUUUCGUGUUGAUGAAUAUAUAAUUGAUCAAUCAUCUGUUGAAAUAAAAGAACCAAGAAGCCUUGAAGAAUGUUUGGCAAUUUAUAAAUCAGAGUUGGGUGCUAGUGAAUUAACAGACAUUGAAGUUUUACAAUUAGUAAAAAAUAAACAUAUACCAGCAUAUCAAUUAGAAAAAGCAGUAGGUGAUAUGGAACGUGGUGUUGGUAUACGUCGUGAAUUAGUACGUUCAGAUGCAAAUUUUACUGAUGAAUUAGAUAAUUUACCAUAUAAAAAUUAUGAUUAUACAAAAGUACUUGGUUCAUGUUGUGAAAAUGUAAUUGGUUAUGUACCAGUACCAGUUGGUAUUAUUGGACCAUUACUUGUUGAUGAUGAAUUAAUACGUGUACCAAUGGCAACAACUGAGGGUUGUCUUGUUGCAUCAACAAAUCGUGGUAGUAGAGCAUUAAUAAAAUGUGGUGUUACAAGUCGUGUUGUUGCUGAUGGUAUGACACGUGGUCCAGUUGUUAGAUUUCCAAAUAUUGUACGUGCUAGUGAGGCAAUGUCAUGGAUGCAAGAUACAAUUAAUUAUGAUGAAAUGAAAAGAUAUUUUGAUGAAACAAGUAGAUUUGCACGUUUAACUAAAAUACAUGUUAGAAUUGCCGGUAGACAUUUAUUUAUAAGAUUUGUUGCUAAAACUGGUGAUGCAAUGGGAAUGAAUAUGUUAUCAAAAGGUACAGAAAAAUCAUUACAAUAUGUACAAAAUUAUUUUCAAGAUAUGGAAAUAUUAUCUCUAAGUGGUAAUUUUUGUACUGAUAAAAAACCAGCAGCUGUUAAUUGGAUUGAAGGACGUGGUAAAAGUGUUGUUUGUGAAGCAAUUGUACCAUCUGAUAUUGUUACAAAUGUAUUAAAAACAUCAGUACAUGCACUUGUUGAUGUUAAUAUUAGUAAAAAUAUGAUUGGUUCAGCAGUUGCUGGUAGUGUUGGUGGUUUUAAUGCACAUGCUGCAAAUAUUGUAACAGCAAUAUACAUUGCAACUGGACAAGAUCCAGCUCAAAAUGUUGGUAGUAGUAAUUGUAUGACAUUAAUGGAACCAUGGGGUGUUGAUGGUAAAGAUUUAUAUGUAUCUUGUACAAUGCCAAGUAUUGAAAUUGGUACAAUUGGUGGUGGUACUGGUUUACCAGCACAAGGUGCAUGUCUUGCAAUAUUGGGUGUUAAAGGUGCACAUAAAAGUUUACCUGGUGAAAAUGCCAGUAAACUUGCUAGAAUUGUUUGUGCAACUGUUCUUGCUGGUGAAUUAUCACUAAUGGCUGCUUUAACUGCUGGUCAUCUAGUCAAAAGUCAUCUCAGACAUAACAGAUCGUCCACAACUGUCAGCAAUCCAGUCAGAUCAAUCAAAAGUGAUGGUCCACAUUUAACAGUGCCAAAUACACUGCCAUCACGAGGCUUAUCAUGCACAGAUAGAAACAAUCAAUCUUAGCAUUAAUUAUUAUUUUUCAACAGAGAUUUAUGACUAAAAAUUCUGUUUUGAUUUUUUUUUUUUUCGUAAAUAAGAAGAUUAACGAUGAAUAAUAAUUUUUAAUGAGAACUUUGCGACUGCCUUGAUAAAAAAAAAUAAAACAAUUUGAUCUUUGUGUGAGGGUUGUUGAGUGUGACAAUACAAUUAAUUUAUAAUACUAUUGAUUUUUUCUUUUUCUUUUAAUUACACCGCGCUACUGUGUUCGAUAAAUUUGUACAGGUAAAAAUUCAUUAAAAAAAAAAAAACAUCACACAGUCAUCGAAGAAAAAAAAAAUAUAAUUGUAAUAA